AAGGAACAAGGGUUUGGCGUGACGGCUCUACCAAAACUAAAGGCUGAAGCUUCGUCUCCACAUAUAAGUUCUGUAUCAGUCGGAUCUGAGAUCGGCUUCCAUCACUAAUCUAUCUGGCUCUCAGCUUCCCCUUCUCCUUCUCCACUUCAAACUCAAUUCCUUUCCCUCCAUUUCCAAUUUUCUCUCUCUUUCUGUUUCUCUCACUAAAAACAGUAUUCAACACAAGUGGAAUUUCACUAAUUUUGUAUGUUUUGCUAUUGAUUUUGUUGGCAAUGGAUUGGAAUGUCAACACUGCUUAUAAGACCUUAAAAGAAAUGGAAUCCAAAUCCCUUGCUGUUGUGGAAGCUCCAAGUACAAUCCUGAACAUAGAACCUAUAGAUAUCGGGCCGGGAUCUUCAGAGAAAGAUCCUACAACUAAACUAAGGAAAAAGGCACUCACAUCAGUGUAUCUCAAGUAUUUUGAAACAGCACCAGAUGGAAAAACUAGAAAAUGUAAAUUUUGUGGACAGAGUUAUUCAAUUGCAACAGCCACCGGCAAUUUGGGGAAACAUCUUAGCAAUCGUCAUCCAGGAUAUGAUAUAACAGUAAAUGUUGCAAGUCCUGCACCACAAUCUGUUACUGUUGUGAAGAAGCUUCAACCUAAACCUCAUGUCAAAGGUCCUCAGUUGGAGCUUGAUCAUUUGAACUGGUUGCUUGUCAAGUGGCUUAUUCUCGCGUCUCUUCCUCCUUCGACUUUGGAUGAGCAUUGGCUUUUGAAUUCAUUUAAAUUUCUCAAUCCAACAGUAAAACUUUGGCCUGAGGACAAGUUUCAAUCAGUACUUUGCGAAGUUUUUAGAAGUAUUCAGGAAGAUGUAAGGGUGAUAGUAGACCAAAUUUCUUCCAAAGUAUCUAUAACUCUUGAUUUCUGGACGUCAUACGAGCAACUUCUUUAUAUGAGUGUGACAUGCCAGUGGAUUGAUGAGAAUUGGUCCUUCCAAAAGUUGCUCCUUGAUAUUUGUCAUAUAUCGUCUCCUUGUGGGGCUGCUGAAGUUUCUCAUGCUUUGUUGAAGGUUCUUAAGAUUUAUAAUAUUGAGAAUAGAGUCCUCUGUUGCACACAUGAUAAUACUCCGAUUGCACUGCACGCGUGCCAUACUCUCAAAGAAGAUAUGGAUAGCCAGAAAAUGAGUCCUUUCUACUAUCUCCCAUGUGCUGCUCAUACUUUGAAUUCAGUCAUAAAUGAUGGACUAAGUUCAACAAAGUCGAUAAUGUCUAAAAUACGAGAAUUUGUUCUAAAGAUGAACACAUCCUUUGAGAUCUCUCAGGAUUUUCUCCAAUGCUGCAAUGCUUGUCAAGAAGGAACUUGGAAAUUCCCUCUUGAUGCCUCACCUCGUUGGAGUGGCAAUUACCAGAUGCUUGACAUUGCACGAAAGGCAGGUAAAUCAUUGGAAGCUAUGGUCCGGAAGUAUGAUGAACUACUAGGCAGUAGGGUGCUCCUCAACAACGCGGAGAAGAAUGCUGUGAAUAUCAUGCAUGCAUUUUUAGAACCUUUCUACAAAACCAUCCAUGACAUAUGUACAAACAAAGUACUCACAGUUGGUUUGGUUCUUUUUUUCAUGGAUCAUAUUUCUGAAACAAUUGCAGCCUGUAGAGACUCUCGACACAGCCCUGACUGGCUCAAAAGUGCUGCUGAUGAAAUGGCUACGAAAGCUCGAAGCUACAAUGAUCAGAUGUGCAACUCCUUCACAUACAUGACUGCUAUUCUUGAUCCAAGAAUCAAAGUAGAGCUCAUUCCUGAAAGUCUCGAUUCCGAGAAUCACUUGGAGGAAGCCAGAAGCCAUUUUAUGAGAAACUAUUCCACCAGUCAUUUUCCUUGUAUAUCUGGGUCUUAUGCUGUACAUGAGCUCGAAGAUGGAGCAAGUGUUUCUUUUGCAGAGGAAAUUGCUCGUAAGAAACGCAAAGCAAGCAUGUCCUCCGCCACAGAUGAGCUCACUCAAUAUUUAUCAGAACCUCCUGCUCCUAUACCAACAGAUGUCUUGGAAUGGUGGAAGGUAAACAAUGCACGUUACCCACGGUUAUCAUCCAUGGCUCGAGACUUUUUGGCUGCACAACCAACUGCUUUGGCGCCUGAAGACCUUUUCUGCAGCAAAGGUGAUGAGAUAGAUAAGCAAAGGUUCUCAACAUCCUACGAUAGCACUCAAGCUUUGCAUUGUGUAAAGUCGUGGAUGCAAAGCGGAUUUAAGUUGAAGUAUAAAUCAACUGAAAUCGAUUAUGAGAGAUUAAUGGAACUAGCAGCCGCUACAGCAGCUGAAAGUUCAAUGCCAAGUUCCGACAAGAAACAAAAAUCAUGAUAGAUGAAACUGAAGCUCCAUGUUUUGUUGCACGUAGAUGCACCAUAUGUUUAAUGUACAGGUUUUGAUAGAGUAGUAGUAGAUAAUGAAUUUAUUAUAGCGCUUGUGUCAUAACAAGGCUUUUUUUUUUCCUUCUAAGUCCCGGUAAAAGAAAUAAAUUAUACUGAUUGGUUGAA